AUGUCUGUCGCCGAAUCUCUCCGAGAGUUUGUGACCGAGCGGCUCGCUGCUGCUACUGAAGACAUUUUGGGAGUUUUGAACAGAACUGUGGUCCAGUACGAGGAAGAGCUGGACCGUCAACGCAGACUGCUGGAUUUGGUUUGGAAACCUCACAUUCUCUUACACAGAAUCGGUAAGAAGAGCCAAGUUUAGACUGAAUAAUGAAGCAGAAGCUCGGUUUAGAUCAGAGCUGCCUCUCCUCUCGGUUUCCAUGUAUAAAUACUGUGAAUAAAGACGGAGGAACAACCCUGUAUGAGUUCAACAAUAACUGUGCUGUGUUAAUGUGGUGCUAUUGUGUCAGUGGUUCUUAAUCUGCCGUUAACGAUCAGAGGAAGAUCAAGGAGUCCGGGGGACGCUCUCGGACGUUGACCCCGUCCUCUUUUGUUCCCGCGAGCUGUUGUAAUGACCCGGUACCAAAACUCAUCAUGUGGGCAGAAAACAGGGGAAAGAAGGGGAAACCUAAGAAUGACAGACAUGUGUGUUGUUGGAAAAAAGGUGGUUUACUGUCAUCUUACGGGUUAGUUUUACGUCCAACUUAUUUGACUCCAACAGGAAGGCCUUAAGUGACUCCUGUACACAAAGCUGAGCCCUUUGAGUUCAUCACAUACCCCCCUGGGUGUCUUGUUUGUAUAGAUAUAAACCAGUUUGGCCUCUGUGAGCUCUAUUAAUGGAUACUAUGUUAACUAAUUGCCAUUUUGAUUCUCCUGAAGUACAAAAUGUUUAAAAAGUACCUGCUGGAUGUGCUUCCAAGAUGACGACAAAGUAACUUUUAAAUGCUUUUGUAGUUAAGUAAUGUGGACAGAAUGCCUUCUGACUUUAGUUUUGUGAUCUCAGACAACAGUAGAUGCCCAGUGCACAGCACCAACAGUCCUUUUCACUUAGUGCAGAGGAAGACAGGAUAAACAGCUUCACCUCACAUAUGUGGACUGCUGUAUUCUCAUAAAGUAAUAUUAGUCUUUAAUACAUUUUAUAAUCUUGAUUUUACUCGUUCUCUUUAAGUUACAACUUAUCUUACUACUCUUUUCUCCAUUGUAUUAAAACUUAUUUUACAUUGUGUUGCUAAUUUUAUGUCGUUUAUCUUGCUAGAGUCUGUCAGUAUUGUACCUCAAUUCUUCAACAUUUUAACUGAAUUGUGUUUAAUGUUACUUCUCAGUCCUGAAAAUAUUACAUCCUUCUCGUGAUUCCAAUUCUCUGUUUUCUGUCCCAUCUCAUUGACAUAUUUAUGCUUCUGUGUUCCUGCAGAUAUUCCACAACAACAUGACUGUGAGGAGGACGAGGUUGUCUCAGACCUGCAGCCCUGGAACCAGGAGAGGAACUCCAAUCCAGAACAAGAGGACCCAGAGCCUCUACAGAUUAAAGAGGAAGAGGAGGAAUUCUGCACCGGUCAGGACAGAGAGCAGCUUGAACCAAAGCAGGAGACUGAACACUUGAUGUUAACUCUAACCUGUCAUGAACCAGAAGUAAAGAAGGAAGACCAGUUCCUGUCUCACAACUCUCAUGAGGCUGCAAACCAAGAUCCACAGAAGGACAAGCUCACAGAGUCAGAAUCAACUUCAAAAUCAGAACAACAACCCCCCAAAAAAGUUCACAAACUAAGAAGUAAGAAGACAAAACAGCCUAAGGUUCACUCUGAUCCUCAACAAGGUGAAAAGACUUUUAAAUGUGACACAAAUAGGGAAACAUUUACGAGCAAUUCAAAUUUACAGACACAUCGAAGUGUUCCCACUGGUAAGAAGAAGCAUACUUGUGAGAGGUGUGGGGAGAUAUUCAGAUACAAGUAUUUGACAUAUUUAUGCUUCUGUGUUCCUGCAGAUCUUAGACAACAACAUGACUGUGAGGAGGACGAGGUUGUCUCAGACCUGCAGCCCUGGAACCAGGAGAGGAACUCCAGCCCGGAACAAGAGGACCCAGAGCCUCUACAGAUUAAAGAGGAAGAGGAGGAAUUCUGCACCGGUCAGGACAGAGAGCAGCUUGAACCAAAGCAGGAGACUGAACCCUUGAUGUUAACUCUAACCUGCCAUGAACCAGAAGUAAAGAGGGAAGACCAGUUCAUGUCUCACAACUCUCAUGAGGCUGCAAACCAAGACCCACAGGAAGACAAGCUCACAGAAUCAGAAUCAACUUCAAAAUCAGAACAACACCCCCCCAAAAAAGUUCACAAAAGAAGAAGUAAGAAGACAAAACAGCCUAAGGUUCACUCUGAUCCUCAACAAGGUGAAAAGACCUUUAAAUGUGACACAAAUAGGGAAACUUUAACCAGCAAUUCAAAUUCACAGACACAUGUAAGUGUUUUCACUGGUAAGAAGAAGCAUACUUGUGAGAUGUGUGGGGAGAUAUUCAGAUACAAGUAUUUGCUAAAAAAACAUGCAAGAUCGCCCACAGGUGAGAGACCGUACUUCUGUUGCACUUGUGGGAAAAGCUUCAGAGCAAAUUCCUAUUUUAAAAAGCACAUGCUAAUUCACUCUGGAAAAAAGCUGAACACCUGCAAAACAUGCAGCAAAUCUUUUGUCACUACAGGUAACCUGAGAACGCACAUGAGAACACACACAGGUGAGAGACCAUACUCCUGCAGCACUUGUGGAAAAAGCUUCAGUGUGAAUUCAAAUUUAAAAGAGCACAUGCGAAUUCACUCAGAAGAAAAGCUGUUCACCUGUGAAACAUGUGGCAAAUCUUUUGUCAGUACAGGUAGACUGAGAAGGCACAUGAGAACACACACAGGUGAGAGACCAUACUCCUGCAGCACUUGUGGAAAAAGCUUCAGUCAGAAUUCAAGUUUAAAAGAGCACAUGCUUAUUCACUCAGGAGAAAAGUUGUUCACCUGUGAAACAUGCAGCAAAUCUUUUGUCAGUACAACUAGACUGAAAAUACACAUGAGAACACACACAGGUGAGAGACCGUACUCCUGUGGCACCUGUGGGAAAAGCUUCAUUGUGAGUACACAUUUAAGAACGCACAUGCUUGUUCACUCAAGAGAAAAGCUGUUCACCUGUGAAACAUGCAGCAAAUCUUUUAACAGGAAGGACCGACUAAAACGGCACAUGAGAACACACAGGUGAGAGACCGUACUCCUGCCGCACUUGUAGGAAAAAGUUCAGUGUGCGUUCACAUUUAAAAACGCACAUGCUUAUUCACACAAGAGAAAAGCUGUUCACCUGCAAAACAUGCAGCAAAUCUUUUAACAGGAAGUAUCAACUAAAACCACAUGAGAACACACACAGGUGAGAGACCGUACUCCUGUGGGAAAAGCUUCACUUUGAAUUCUAGUUUAAAAUACCACAUGGUUGUUCACUCAGGAGAGAAGCUGUUCACCUGUGAAACAUGCUGCAAAUCUUUUUACAGUAAAACUAGACUGAAAAUACACAUGAGAAUACACACAGGUGAGAGACCAUACUCCUGUGGGAAAAGCUUCGCUCAGACUUCAGGUUUAAAAUACCACAUGCAAAUUCACUCAAGAGAUCAGUAUUUCAACUGCAAAACAUGCAGCAAAUCUUUUAAAAAGCAGGUUCAACUAAAACUGCACAUGAAAACACACACAGGUGA